CCCACACCGACUCCAAACACUGAGAGAGGGAGAAAACCAGAGGUCACGCUGAUAAGAGAAAAAAAAAGGCCACCGGCAUAUCUGAGAGACUCGACAGAGAGACAAAUCAGAGAGAGAGAGAAGAGACAACACCACGAGCACUGAAGAACACUGCCUGGAGGACAGGACGCCACGUGUGUGUGUGUGUGUGUGUGUGCAUAUGUGUGUUGAGACAAGCAUAGGUAGAUUCCAGUGAGAGCUGUGAGACUAACAGAGGACGAAAGCACAUCAUGGAUCCCUCGAGUAACUCCGAGGGCCCCGUGGAACACAAAGAAAGGAGGAAAAUCCAGUUCGCCGUCCAGGCAACAGAACCGACUCAGCUGGACCCUCGGCAGGUUGAAAUGAUUCGACGACGAAGACCCACACCGGCCACUUUGUUCAGAGUAGCAGACCAAACAUCUCCUGAGGAUGACAUCUCCACCCAUCAGUGGGUUGUAGGAGAAAAUGGUGUCCUCAAGCCAAAACGAAUCAACCCGAAUAUCUACCAGCCACCCUCAUUAAAAGCUGUGCAGCAGAUGGCUGAAGCUCAAAUGCAGAAAUUAGGUGUGUAUCCUCAUGUAGAGGAGGAAGGGGAGGAGCCUCUUCAGAGAGAGGGGGAGGAGCUUUCCUCAUCCUGCAUACCUGAUUCACAGGAGCAAAGGGGCAUGGCAGAACACCAGCCUGGCAUAAGAAAGACAGGAACCACGACACCGACUGAUGAAGAGGAGGAGGAGGAAGAAGUGGACGAUAUGGCAGAGGAUGAGUGCAGAAAUAUGGACUGAAAGAGCGAAAGUUUGAGAAACUUAAGAGAUUUUUUCAUAAUGCAGAUCCUUGUUUGUAAAUCAGAAUUAUUGUUCAAUGAUUACUGGUCAAUAAUUCCAUCAUUUGAUAAAAACAGCUGUCUGUUUGUAUUCAGAGACUCUAAAAGACUGGCAUUUUGAAAGGGAUCAAAUAACCUCAAACAAAUAAUUCACCCCGACGUUGCCAUGAAAUAGAAAUAUAAGGUCAAAUCCAUCAGCAGUCAUAUUCUACUAUCCCUGCGUUUCAUACAUUCAGACAAACAAGUAGAAAUGUUUAGUUCUAAGAGCAGCGCGGUACAAAUGUGAAGUGUUGAGAAAUGUGUUCAUGUCAGGUUUUAGGCGUGUGUUUGAGUCUCAGUAUGUUUUGUGAUCGGUGCAUUUCCGUGGGUCUACACUGCCAUCUGGAGUACAGAAAAAUGUUAUAAUGAAUUCCAUGAACUAAUUUGCCAAGAACAAUAAUCCCAGAGCACAUGCAAAGUAUUUCACAGCAUUAUUGUGUAGCUUUAUUUGUUAAACCACUGCCCACAUCCUGGCAGUUGGACCUGCACUUCAAACUAUUGUUAAUUUGGCAGAAGAAAAAAAAAAAAAA